CUGAGCAACAACGUGGCAGCCCAUUGGCUCACAACGUGCAAACGUUUACAACGUAAUGCGGAAGUCGGUACGCCAAUAAAAUACGUGAUGUGUCAAAAUUUGGUUAAAAAAAUAAAAACUGUAACGUGUCAUUACCGUCCGCUGUCAAAGGUCAUACGUUGACAACAUGUUUAGAAUGAUUAGCUAGUUGACAGGUUUGAUGCUAUAUUUCAUACCCUUCCCUAACACGGUAUGCUAAAGGUUUAACGCUAGCUGCUGUCUGACGUACGAACGUUAGAUGCAUGUGCCGCAAUGAACGCGAUGGUGACAGCUAGCAUGCGCGUGCGUGUAGUUAAGGUUUCGUUUGUAGACUUCCGUGCUGGCUGAUGAAUUCAGUGAAAGAGAAAAGGUGGUGAUAACAGACCGACCUGAUCCACCCACCAGCCAAUUGGCCAGCCUGGCCUUUGUUUACCUGCUUCUUGGGUAAAGAGGUGAGCAGGGGGCAGGGCCACCCACGCGGUAGAAAGGAUGCCUGUGGAGGGGGGCAGCAGCAGUGGCUCGGCUUCGGCUGCCCGUCACCCCAAGCAGAAGCGCAAGGCUCACAGUUUGUCUAUCCGGCGCACCAACAGCAUAGAGGACAGACCCCCAGGCUUCCAAAGAGGAGAAAUGCUGGAGGGACAGGACUCCAAGCUGCCCCCCUCCUUACGGAACAACCUUCUGGAUCUUUUUGGCCAGAUUGAGCGCGAGUUUGAAAAUCUCUACAUUGAAAACCUUGAACUACGCCGGGAAAUUGACUCUCUGAACGAGCGUCUGACCGGAGAUGGGCAGACUAUUGAGGGAGGGGACCCCACCAAGGGAGCUAUGAAAACAAAAGCCAGCCACAGCACCAGUCAACUGUCACAGAAGCUGAAGACGACUUACAAAGCCUCUACCAGCAAGAUUGUGUCCAGUUUUAAAGCCACCGCAGGUUCCCGAGCUGUGUGUCAGCUGCUUAAGGAGUAUGUGGGCCACCGGGACGGGAUCUGGGAUCUCGGAGUCACCCGAAAUCCGCCAGUAGUCCUGGGCACCGCCUCCGCAGAUCACUCAGCUUUACUUUGGAGUAUAGAGACUGGGAAAUGUCUGCUGAGGUAUGCUGGCCAUGCAGGAUCAGUCAACUCCAUCAAGUUCCACCCCACAGAGCAGAUGGCCCUCACCGCCUCUGGGGACCAGACGGCUCACAUCUGGCGCUACAUGGUGCAGCUUCCUGUCCCCCCGCCACCACCAGAUGUCAGUGCUCCAUGUGACGACGACCAGGACUCGUCAGACAGAGAAGAAGGUGAGGUGGACGCCGAGGGCCCCUGCGAGGUCCCGACCGUCCGGGUCGCUACGGCAACCCUGAAGAGCCACCAGGGUGUAGUCAUCGCAGCCGAUUGGUUGGUGGGAGGCCGACAAGUGGUGACCGCUUCCUGGGAUCGUGCUGCCAACCUGUAUGAGGUGGAGACGUCUGAGCUGGUUCAUGCCCUCACUGGACACGACCAGGAGCUGACCCACUGUUGUACCCAUCCCACCCAGCGGCUGGUGGUCACUUCAUCCAGAGACACCACCUUCCGGCUGUGGGACUUCAGAGACCCGUCCAUACACUCCGUCAACGUCUUUCAGGGACACACUGACACGGUGACGUCGGCGGUGUUCACGGUGGGGGACAAUGUGGUUUCAGGGAGCGACGACCGCACCGUCAAGGUGUGGGAUUUGAAGAACAUGAGGUCGCCGAUAGCAACCAUCCGUACUGACUCCGCUGUGAACAGGAUAAGCGUCUCUGCCAACCAGAGGAUCAUCGCGCUGCCACACGACAAUCGACAAGUCCGACUGUUCGACAUGAGCGGAGUGAGGCUGGCCAGGCUUCCACGCAGCAACAGAAUGGGUCACAGGCGAAUGGUGUGCUGUACGGCGUGGAAUGAAGAGAACCAGUCGUGCAACCUGUUCACAUGUGGCUUCGACCGACAGGCCAUUGGCUGGAACAUCAACAUCCCCGCCCUGCUGCAGGAGAAGUGACGCCACCGAACACGCCCCCGACACACGCGCACGCAAAACAGACACACACGGUGAAGCAGGAGCCGGUGCACAUACACACUGUAAUCUUUGGUCUCGCACAUGCUUGCAUGUUUGAAGUGCUUACGCAGCGAGGUACUUUUAGUUGUUAUGUAUAUCACAGAUUUCCAGCUGUGGAGAAAAAAAAAAAAAAAGACCUUUUGAGGAAGGCGGCUGUUGACGUCCGAUAUUCCACUGACGGAUAACUCUCAUUUAGUGUGUUCAUCUGCAGUUGAAACCUGCAGAACACCUCCUGGCGUAUAAAUGACAGACACGGUUCCAGCAUUUUUAAAGUCCAAGUGUGUGUGAGGCCAACGAGCUGAUCUCCCCCGUAUUCGACCCUCUCACUUAUUUAGCAUGCGUUGUGAAUUGUGACUAUGCUGACUCUUCCGUUUUCAGUCUUUUUCUGUUUUUAAAGUAAAAGUAUAUAUUUGACUCCACAGUCACGGGCUGCUGUUCACAUCACUGUUGUUUAGUCGCAUGGAGAUAAUCUCGGUUUUGCAAAUGUUACUUGAUGAGAAGUAAGAAAGCCAUGGUAAGGCCAGGAGGGUUGGUAGGAUAUGAUAUCAAGAAGUUAUGUACAUAUUAUGUUGUGGCCUGAUUAAGGCACCUGCGUAGCAGGUUGUCGCUACUUCAUGGAUUAAGUGUCUUACAGUGAUCUACCUUUUGGAAGGUGGCGUUUGGCAGAGAUAGUGUGGAUCUGUGAAAUGUUUUUAUCCUUUUAGUCAGACUUGAAAUAUUGUUAUCGUGGAACGAAACGUCUAUAAUAUAAUCGGGCCUGCCAGAAAGCUGCUGGGUCCUUCAGCUGUAUUCACAUGUUUCAGGAAUUGCUGUCUUUUCGCCGUUCAAGUUUUGAGUCCUUGCCUUUUUACCUUCGAUGCUUUCAAUUUCACAGCCAGCCUCCAUACUUCCCACGCUAUUUUGUUUUCAUUUUAAAGAUGAUUCUGUAACUCCGCCUUGUUCCGUGUUUACAGUAGAGUUUCAUUUGUAAAGUGUCGCUGUAUUCUGUCUCUCUGUCGGUAUGCAAAGUGUCGAGAGCGCAGCAAUAACGCGGGGAAACGAGUGACUCGUUUCAUUUUGUAGGUCUGUAAGUGGGAUGUGUUCGGCAUUAUCAUAACGUAAGUGUAAGUUUGGGAGUUAUUACUUUUAGCCAUAAUAAGCGCUCGUAUUACUUCAGUGUCAGUGAAACCCACCCUCUUCAACCUGUUGCCAACUCAGAGCCCUGUUGUUCCUGCUUCAGUUACAGCCUGUCAAUAUGAAUCUGUAGUGCACCCAUAGAACCCAUGGCCUCGUGUGACCGCUCUGACUUUUUUGUUGUUGGUGGCUCUUUUAAGUCUGUGAAAUAAACUCUUCAUACAAAUUCAGAAGCAAUAACCCAGUCCCAUUCUGUUUCCGAUGCUCAGAGCGAAGCCCGUUUCUAUCUCGGAAACCAGUGAAUGGGACUUGGAAUACAAACUUGAAUCUCAGUUCAAGAACUAGUAGAGCUGGAUUUGGGUUUGACCAUAAAGCUUUUAUUUGUUACACUCGUGCAAUAUCCCUCCAACGUGAAGUCGUGCUGUAGUUUCUGAUCUUCAGACGUUUAACUUAAUUCAGUGCCGUAAACCCCACGACGAGAGUUCAUGUGCUUUGUGCGACUGGUGUCGAUGUAGCUCGAUAUACAUAGUUAUGCAUUACCUACCCCAAAGUUGUUUUCAGACUUCCCAUUUUAAUGCUGUUCCUACCAACAAUAGAGGUGUUUAUAAUGUAAUGAACAAGUAUUGAAAUGCCUUCCCAUUGCAUUGAAAAGCGAUGCAUCGGCCUUAUCCACCUGAGCAUCAAUGCACUUUUCCAAAUGCUUGUUCAAUAACUAAUUGUGCUCCACUGCACUGUGCCGAUAGAACUUUUCUUCCUGUUUCAUUUAGGGAACUCGAUCUCGCGGCCACUGAUAUCAAUGUCCUAUUUUCGCCCAACAUGAAUUCCGACACAAAGGAACAUUAUUUUGGAUUGAUACAUUAAAUUAUCGCGUGUCAGAUUGGAGGGGUGGGUAAAAAGUGGAUGGGCUUUGCCUCAUUGUAGCAAAUCAUAUUCCUCAGAGUUCAUUAUGUGAUCUACUUUGCAUACUUUAUUGUGAUAGCUUUGUGCUCUCUGACACUUUCCAAUAAAAUGUGUGAUUUCCUUUC